CCCUGGUGUCGUUGAGUGAUAAAACGGGUGUUGUACAGCUCUGCGCCUGAUAACUGAAGACUUGUUAGACAAAAAUAAAUUACUUUCCGGAAAAGAUGGAGAAACGGAACGCAGUCGGCCAGAUAAUGACACAUUUUGCGAUUCUGCUGAUCUUCGGAUUCAAUGUAAUAGCUGGAACUACCACAGUUAAUCCUAUCCAGAUAACGAUGUCCACCAAAGAUUUGAUGGUGAUGGAGGGCACGGACUUCAUCAUCAACUGUACCACGGGCGGCCUGGCCACCAAACUGCUCAGUGAACCCAUGGAGUUCACAUUUACUCCACAGGAGACAAUGGACGCUCCCCCGGGGAAUCGGGUAUCGCUUUCUGAAAACAACGACCUAAAGACCGGUAUAGACAGUAACAAAUAUGAAGUGUCCUUCUCCGCCCAAACCGACUUCAGCUUCUACCUCGUAGUAAAAGCUGCAUCAUUACAAGACACAGGCAUUUACUCGUGCGCUCGUGGAGGAAGGAACAUCUCCACGUUUGUUGAAGUUCGUUCCAAACAAGAUAUUAUCUGCACAUGCGCCGACGGUUACAUCCGGUACGGUAAUGCAUGUUUCCGAUUCUACCACCAGCAAAUGUCCUGGCCAGAGGCAUCGUAUAUGUGUGAGGCGUUUGGUUCGGAGCUUGCUUACAUUGAGUCGAAUGCCGAGUACGAGUUCCUGAGGGGAUUCGCUAAGGAAACACAAGGUGGAUUUAACGGCGAGGGUUUCUGGCUAGGAGCGACCUCGGCUCUACUUCCGGGUCACUGGCAUUGGAAGGCUGAUUUCUCAGUAGUGGACUUUGAUGCCAUGUCACCACUGGAGUCCAAUUCACCGAACUACGAUUGUCUUUACCUGUCUGGUCAGAACGAGUUUCUUCCCUUGGGAUCACUAUGUAACGCCAAACUUAAUUUUAUAUGCAAAACAAAGGUGUCCAAAUGUAUCUGAGGAAAGGAAUCGUCGAUGUACAACAGUAGCGAGGGACAGACAAGUGGAAAUUUCACCGAAAUAAGUUAACUGACAGUAUUUAUUUUCGGUCGUGUUUUCAGACAUUUUUUAUUUAAUUAAGGAAACUUAUAUGUUGUAUAUCAAGGUACCAAUGUUUGAAUUGGACACCUAAAUAACGGAAAGGGAACACUUGUGUAUCAAGGCGGUAAGAAGGCUGGAAGGUAAAAUGGAAAGAGGCACGUAAACAUUGUCAACGAAUACAUGAUGAGGACUGUAGGCCAGUUUGUUUACAGGUGUCUGGGUGUUAGAAAUGACACAAGCUUUACAUAAUACAAUGCGUAUUUAUUUGAAUAAUCCAUUUUUUAUUAUCAUUAUUUAAAAUGACAAUGCUGCUUUGUUUCGAAUUAUCUUUGUUUAUAUGUAUUGAUGUUCAUAAAAUAUUAAUAACUCAGAA